GCCGGCGAGGCGAGGCGAGGCGAGGCGAGCCCCGCCCCGGGGGAGGGCCCGCGCCAGGCGUGGGGGACACGCGAGGCAGGUAGCUGCGGGUGGCCUGUCGGGGACGUCGGUGCCGCAGCCGCAGCCGGGCCGGGGGCGGCGCGCCGGCCUGACGGAGCCCCGCUAGUGGCGCGGCCCUUGGGGGUCCCCGAGCGCUGCGCCUGCCCCUUCCCCUGCCCCCGCCCCGCCGCGGCACAGCACGGCACGGUGUGUGCGCGCUGUGCCCGGCGCGGCCGCGCUCGCGCGGGGCAGGGGUGCAGCGCGGUGCGGUGCGGUGCGGGCCCCGCGGGGCAGAGCCGUGCUGGCCUGGGCGAGGCGGCCCGUGCCCUGGCGGGGCUGAGCCUGCCCCCUGCGGCGUCGCCCUGGCGGGGCAUGCCCUGAUUUGCUGCCUCGCCGGAGCCCCGUCCCCGCCAUCAGGGUGCGCGUUGCAGGGCGUGGGGGAGCCUCUCCCGCUAUAAUAAAUGAUAGAGGAUACCAUGACUUUGCUGUCUCUGCUGGGCCGGAUCAUGCGUUACUUCUUGCUGCGGCCAGAGACCCUGUUCUUGCUAUGCAUCAGCCUGGCCCUCUGGAGUUACUUCUUCCACACCGACGAGGUGAAGACCAUCGUCAAGUCCAGCCGGGACGCUGUCAAGAUGGUGAAGGGCAAAGUGGCCGAGAUCAUGCAGAACGACCGGCUGGGAGGGCUGGACGUGCUGGACGCCGAGUUCUCCAAGACCUGGGAGUUCAAGAGCCACAAUGUGGCCGUCUACUCCAUCCAAGGCCGGAGGGACCACAUGGAGGACAGGUUCGAGGUUAUCACGGACCUGGUCAACAAGACCCACCCGUCUAUCUUCGGGAUAUUUGAUGGGCACGGAGGAGAGUCAGCAGCAGAAUAUGUCAAGUCCCGCCUGCCUGAAGUCCUGAAACAACAUCUUCAGGACUAUGAAAAAGACAAAGAGAACAGUGUGUUGUCUUACCAAACCAUCCUGGAACAGCAGAUUCUGUCAAUUGACCGAGAAAUGUUGGAAAAACUGACCACGUCUUACGAUGAAGCAGGCACAACAUGUUUGAUUGCAUUGCUGUCAGAUAAAGAAUUAACAGUGGCCAAUGUUGGUGAUUCCCGAGGCGUCUUGUGCGAUAAAGAUGGGAAUGCUAUCCCCUUGUCACACGAUCACAAGCCCUACCAGCUGAAGGAGAGGAAGAGAAUUAAAAGAGCUGGUGGCUUCAUCAGCUUCAAUGGCUCCUGGCGUGUUCAGGGGAUCCUGGCCAUGUCCCGCUCCUUAGGAGAUUAUCCUCUAAAAAAUCUCAAUGUUGUUAUCCCUGAUCCAGAUAUCCUGACCUUUGAUUUGGACAAGCUACAGCCAGAGUUCAUGAUCUUGGCAUCUGAUGGCCUGUGGGAUGCAUUCAGCAAUGAAGAAGCUGUCCGAUUCAUCAAGGAACGCUUGGAUGAACCCCAUUUCGGUGCCAAGAGUAUAGUUCUACAGUCAUUUUACAGAGGAUGUCCUGAUAACAUAACAGUUAUGGUGGUGAAGUUCAGGAAUAGCAGCAAAACAGAAGAACAGUGAACUCCCAACAGUUCUUUGCUUCUUCUCUGAUAAACUUAAAACAAACUCUUACAUUUUAAUGUAGUAGAAGGUUCUAGUAAUUAUCAUUAGGAUUUUAUGCAGAAGGGAUAGGAAAGACCCUUCUGGUCUCUGUUCUUUGCUGAACAGAAGGAGCAAUACAGCAGAUAUGUUUUGAAUUAUAUGAAUUAAGUUUUUCACAUCUUCCUGCUUCCCAUGACCUGUUGCUUCUGAGAAAUGAAUUGUAAUCUUCUAUUUCAAGAGUUAAAAAUUCCUGCUUAGGUUUUGUCAAAUACAAAUAAUUUCUUAACUUUAAUUUUAAUAGCUGAAGCUGCAUUCAGAUUUGCACUGUGGGGGCAGGCAGUGCUGCUUGUGCUCCAAUAGCGAUAGGAAUUACACUGCUUUUCACCCAUAAAUGUAACUGCCUUCAGUGUCAUUCUCUCUAGUGCUUCCAGUCUCUGUUUUUCUAACCUGCAGUGAUGGUAGAGCGUUAGAUUGGAGAGGAUUUCUAAUUAGUAGUCUGUCUUUCAUAUGAAGAAGAAAAAAAGAGCCAAACAUGAGCCUGUCAGCACAAAACAGGCCCACCCUGCUCAUUUUUUCCAUAGUUAAAUAUACCCUUUCUAUCACAUGACUAGGAACAAGCUAUUGAACUUCUUGCACCCACAUGUUUAUUCAGGCUGUGGAUGACUUUAAUAACACUUCAUCUGUGUCAUCCUGUAUUCACACCAGCAGAUGUUAAACUCCAUCAAACUACUCUGUGGACUAAUGCCUUCACUAUUCAGGAAACUAGCUCUUUCAUUGUAGAAGAAUGCCAAACGCCCCUGGCUUCUGUUUUUUGUUUUUUUUUUUACUAUUUUUCAUAAGUCAGAAGAGAAAAUAAGGCAAGAUGAUUUCAGUAUAGCUUAAGAUGGGAAUAUCUUUAGUCAAUGUUGGGAAAACCAGGGAAGGCAGUGUUUCAUGGCAUUGGGUGAAGUAUGCUCUCGCUGCAAACAAUUUUUCAGUAAUAUCCAUCAGUUCAAAAUCCAUCAGGGAGGCUUAUAUGUGACUUAGUGUUCAACCUCAUAUGCUGUAGAUGUACCGUAAAUUAUUGGGGCUAGGGGCUAGGAGAGAAACAUUCUCUAAAUGGGAAUUUUUUCCUAUGUCUGAUUUCAAAAUGAAAUUGUAAAUUGGAAUCUAACUAAUGUAAACUUCAUUAUAGGUAAUGACCUUCCAAAUCUGAUCUAGAUCUGGUAAUUUUUAUGUAUUAUCUGAUUUCUUCAUCAUCCAGUAAUCCGGAGGCAGUAGUAGCGAAGAGAGUAUUGGUAGUGUAUGACAGUACACCAGAACUGGAGCCUGAACUAGCGAUUGGUCUGUGUGUAUUAAAGACUUUUGGUGGGGCAGGGGACAAGGGGGCAGAGGAGAAACUAUACCUGCUUGGCUGGCUUACCUGUAAGUGUGAUUUUACACUGCAUUGUAAGAUAUGAUAUGGGGACUCCUUUCACUAACUACUUCAUUCUGGGCAAGCCCCUGAGAUUUCUUCUCUGCAGGACAUGACAAGGUAUGCUCAGCAUUUGGUGUCCAGAGCUUAGUCAGUGACAUUAUUAUGUUAAUUAAUAUCUUUGUUUCUUUGGCAAAAGUAUAGGUCUACUUAGUCUGCAAGUUCUCUUGGUCUCACCAUUAUCCACAGACAGAGGAGAGCAGACUCUGAGUAAGUGCCUUACUUGUCCCUGAGACAGUAGCUCUGUUGCGGGUUCUGUUGAGCAGGUUUCGGUCAGUAACACAGGAACAUAACUGGUUUUUGCUGUACCUCUAAAGGAAUAGCUGCCAAGUUCCUUUCAUUUCUUCCCCUAAAUGAUCCCUUUCUUAAAACCUUAGAAUUUAAGACCCAAAAGAAUCUAAUUAAUCUAAUACCAUCAAGUAUAUAAAGGCAGAUUUCAGUUGUUGACGACCAAUCCUGUUCUGGGCCAGUCCCCUUAAACUGUUCAGCUGGUUAACCUGUAAGUUUUUUUUUUGUCCUAAACAUGCUGUGACCUUCCAGGUCAGCCUCUCUUCCUUCUGCCUUGAAACUGCCAAAACAGGGCUUGGUUGAAGGCUGGUUAUCUAGCACGCUUGGAACAGGUAAAUCCACUUUCUUACUGUACCAUUUGUGCUGGCAGUAAUUGUCCCCACUCCAGGACUCCCACAUUCUCUAUUCCAUCUGGCUACUUACUCAGACUGUCCAGCACAGGUGUUGUGUACCAAUAUAAACCAGUUAGGAUUUAUGAUUUCUAAGUUCAGUCUAGUUUGCACAAUAGGUACACGUACUUUCUAGCAGCUUUCUUCCACCUGGAACACCAGAUUUUCUUUGUAAAUAAUAGGAAAUGUGCAGUACAACCAUUGGAAAAGUGUGCAUCCAGCUUCAUAUAUUAUAUUGGGACCUCGUCCAGAUGGUUAUUUCACUGAAAGAUUUAAUUACAACAUCUAACUAUUCUGUAAAGGAAAAAAAAUAAUUUAAUUCAGUGGAUUGUUAAUUGUAGCUUUACAGUCAGGUUGAGGUGUGGUAAGUGACUGCAGUAAAAUCCAGUUAAAUUUCUCUUAAAGGUUUUCCAGGCUAGAACAUUGUGAAAUGAUGCAAGAGUGGUGUUGGGGUUUCACAACGGUGAUUUUUUUUUAGUGUGGAAACCUCUACAUUGGUAGAGCAGCAGUUUGCAAACUAUAGCUCAGGGAGCAUUUGCUGGUCACAGGGUGCUGCCUUUGCUUUCCCCUUUACAGCUGCUGUGACAGGCAUAACGCUCUUCCUUGUAAGAAACGGUCUGGCUGCUUGUAGAAACAGCUGUUUUGGGAGAAGUGUGUCAUAUCUAGAGGUUUGCUAAAGGACAACUGUAGGGAAAACUGGAUUUUCUCAGCCUAUAACUACACUUCUGUGGUAACAAAUCUGCAUACUGAAGACUAGAGGGGAAGUCUUUCACAUGCAUAUUUAGAGAGCUGGGACUGGGACCCAAACUUGUUACAUAUUGUUUUUUAUCACUUGCGGUAGAGUAAAUUGCUUAUAGUUGGUAUGAAGCCCCACUUUAUAGACGGACCAGUAGAGGGCAAUAAAACUCAAGCAAAUUACCUCAAAGCCAAGCUCUACAGGAGUGCAGAGCCUGCUCUGCAGUGCCCAGAGCUGUGUUCAGAGCCCAGGGAAAGGAAACUUACUGUACAUGCACAAAUGCACCGAGUACCAGAGUUUGCUAUAGGGAGGUUGUGGGAUGGUGACUGGGAGGCAAGUAGGAGAAUCCGCCAGACCAACCAACUUGUUCUAGCAAUGGGCCAAACUUUGAGAAGCCUCCUAGUGGAGUGCAGGACAGCUUUGCAGGUGGUAGCCACAUGGAUCCUCAUUUUCAGCUAAAACUAUAACCUAUCCUCACAGAUAGGCUCCUAGUGCAAUCAGUGGGGCCCAAGGUAUAUAUUACAGUAGUUUCCUGUCUCCUUCAAGGGAACUGUUCCCAGUAAGGUGAAAGCCAUCUGCGUAUUGAAAGUGUAUGUUCUCCUUUAGCACAUGUGGAAGAAGCAGCCAUUUUAAUGAUGACAUUCUCCCUAGUGCAGAAGGCCAGUGCAAGCCCACAGCACAGAAGUGAAUCACAUGCUAGGGAGGAAGUGGAUCGGUGUCCACUGACUGUGCUUCUUGCACACAUGUAUCCAGGGCUCACUAUGAGAACCCCCAGGGAAUUAAUUCACCUGCCAAAAAAAGGGGUUUGAGGAACUGUUUUGCAUCAAGGGCGGAGUCAUUAUUUUGUUCUGCAUCCCUGUGCCCCGGUGUGCUUUUUUCUAGCAUCAGUGAAUGCACUUGAAGCAACGUAACUUAACGUUUGGUAUUUGUGCAACUUGUUCGGGCCACUGUGGUCAUGCAUGGAAAAAUACAGGUUUUGCAGCUAGUCUCAGGGGCAGCAGCAUCUGCUGCUUCAUUUUGUACAUCAUCUCUUUUUUUUGUAACAUGCAGUGUUGAUACGCUAGAUAUGCUUAUUCCACUUCAGUGCAGGGGGAUGGACUGGCUGAGAUCUUGUGGUCCUUUCCAGCCCCACAUGUCUACAGCUAAGCACAAAACUUAAAAUGAGAAGUCUCUGGGAAUUAAAAUGCUAGGGAAGAGAAACAACUUACAAAAAGCAUUAAAAGGGAGGGAUGGUCCAACUCCUUUGGACACCAAUGAAUGAUUGGCUGUUGAUUUCAGCAGAGAUGAGAUUAUUCCUAGAAGCAGUUAGGUUAUUGUUUAUAUACUGAUUAUAUCUGUUGUUAUGGGACCCUAGUAGUGAUAGAUUUGAGAUUCAGUGUUCAAUCUAUAGCAAAGCAAAACAAUGAUGUUGUUGAAUCAGAAGUUAGUUGUGCUUCUCUUUCGAUGAAUUGAGCCAGCUUGAAGGUAAUAAUGGGUUUGCUAAAUCACUGCUAACUCUGCAUUAUAGAAGUACAAGGGUUGCCUUGUGUUUCUGCCCUUUGCACUGAACCUAACACCUCUGCACUGAACUUUAAGAGGAUCUUGGUGGUAUUCCUAGUACUUAUUUUACAUGGAGAGGAGAAAACAUUUGGGUAUAUACCCAUGUAUUUCUUUCAAUCAUCCUUUUCCUGAAAUACCAGGUAAGACUGUUUGCAAAAUCAGGACCUUUAAAACAUGUUUUGGAUAAUGAGGGGGCUGGGCUGGGUUCUAUUAAAGCUACAGGUGAAUUCAGCUAUUAAAUAUUAUUGCUGGCUUGAGGUUUAGCAACCAGUAGUUGGGCAGCUGUCUUCGGUGUUGUUAAUAAAUAAUUACCUUUCCAAAUCUCAGGACUUGUAUCUAUAUUAGGAUAUUAAAUUCUGAAUUAAGCAUAUUGAUUUGUAUUUGGAAUUAGUAAAUUUUAUUUAUCUGGCACUGAAAGGCUUAAGUUCUGCAGCUGUUUCAAAUACAGCUAUUUUCAGUAAAGUUAGUAUUGAAUGCUGAAGUUUGAGUUAUAGACAGAAAAGAUAAUUGCCUGUGUUUACAACGUCUAGGUUCUGACAGCCGUGACCUGUUGAGUUUCCAAGAGUUGCAGUAGAAGCUUAGACAUUCAGUCCAGUUUGUUUCAAUACUAUUAAUUCAAUAUGAGCAGUUUGUUAUGAGGUGGUGCUUUAGAAAUCUAAAUGCAGUGUUUAUGCAAGCUUUAUGUGAUAGAUGCAUCUCCACUGCAAACAAGUAGGAUUGCAACAUGUUUGGACACCCUUCUAGCUUUAAUCUUGCUUAACAAGUGCAGAUGUGGUGGCAAGGGCUCAGUGUGGUUUGGCAAACUGAACAAAUGCAUAGGUUCCCAGCCGGCUCAGUGAGCUUCAGCCACCAUCCCUUUGCAGCUGUAAAGCAUGUGAAGCCAGCAUGCAUAUGCCUGCGUGUGCAGCAGUCACAUCUCCAGCUGCCUUGUGGGCUCGCUUCUUGGAAUCCUAGAGUGGCCGUGCAAAAACGUCAGUGCCAGAGCUGACAUACAGGGCAUGUGUGUGUGAUUGAGCCUCUCUCUCUCCAGCAAGAAAACCAAAAUGUUUCAGCCAGAGUUUGGGAUCUAAAGAUGUUCCAUACUGUGCGUCUGAGUUGAGUUUUGUUCUAUAGUGAAUCCAUUCAACUCACUUUGACAAACUGCUCCUACCUGUUUAUAAUCCAAGUGGCCAUGAAAUAUUGACCAUGGUUUAACAAGGCAUAUUUGCCAGUGAUACCUUGUGCUCAUCCAAUUUCAUGGGCUUUCCUUUUAAAUGCUAAAUUAUAAAAAAGAGUCUUGGAGUUGCUUGUGGUUUCCAUGCAGCUGUGCUUGUAGUGCAGUGCAGCAAGAACCAGGAUGGAGAAAACAAGCUUUCAAAACUUGAACACAGGGAACAGCCUUGCACUCUGGCUCUGCUUCUCAGAAGCAGUGAUUGACAAAAAGAGGAAAUCAUGAAAGUCCCAAGAGUAUGUAAAGAGGCACCCUAAAAGAUCAGUACCAGGGUCCCAUUCCCCUGCUGUGCCAUCUAAAAGGAGAGCAAUGUCAAAGCAACCAGUCAUAAAGAAAGACCACUUCAGUGCAUUAUUAUGUUGCUACAUCACAUUAUCAAAGAUCCUUUUAUCUUGUUAUUUACAAUGGGGUUUUUUAGCUAAACGCAUUUUUAAGGUUAAAUGUUUUAUUGCAAAACACUGUAUUUCCCCAUCCCGUCACAGAAAGCCACAGACAAAGCACUGGUGAGAGCACAGAUAGGCCAGCUUUUCCAUUUUUUGCUUAGAUUGGAUAAUGAUUGUGAGAGACAUCUACAAACUACUGACACCCAACAGGAUCUAUAAAAAAUUAUUAGAUAGGGUCAUAUCUGUGUGGAUUACAGAAAACUACGUGAUCACUGCCACAAGACUAGAGAUGCACUGAAACAUGAGAUGAUGCAAGCCACAAGAGUAAGCCUCAGCUAGGCCUACUUUAUUCCACUUACAAUUUCAAAUGUUUUACUGCAGUUAUUGGUACUUAUUUUAAGGCAAAUGAAGUUCCAAAAAAUUAGUUGUAUUCUCUUGCUUGAAAUUUAGAAAAAUCCUUUCCUUAACCAGGCCUCUAUACAAAAACUCUCUCAAAGAAACAGUCUGAAAACCACAUGAUCCCCAUUACCUUUAUGAUUUUCAGUGGCCCAACUUGUAUUCACUGUUAGAAAAAUGGAACUUGCUAAACAAGGGAAUUAGAGUAAAGGAAAAAAAAAACCCAGCCGCGCCUCAUUUGGGGAUGCGUCCCUACAGCACACACACAAUACUUGUAAACAAAUAUGGUUGUCAACUCCGAGGUGUGGUUGGUUUGUUUUUUUAUUAGCUUACAUGACCAAUCCAGCCUGCCAAAAAAACACUUUUCAAAUCUCUCCUUCCUCCUUUCAGAAUUUCUGCUUUAGGGGGGAAAUUUAGCUCUUACUGUUUCUUUAAGGAACCAAAACUGCAAUUUUUACUUAUUCAUCCUGUUGAGUUGAGUAAGAAAUUUGGAUGGCAGCACUUGGUUCCAAGUUUGCAAUGUCGGGGUUUAUAUUAAUGCCAUAGACAACAAACUGUCCCAUGUAUGCAUGAGGAAUUCAAGGUCAUCUUGUUUGGUUUACCCUCAAUUUCUAGUUUGAGGGUGGCUCAUAAAGAGUGCAUUAUGUACAUUAUGUACAGAAACAUCUUUAAAACAUAAUAAAGGUAAUUCUAAAUGGUUCAAACUUUUAAAAAGUGGUUGAGUAUACAAAAAUAGGACAAGACACAGACAAUUUGUAAAUACUGUACAUUCUUUUUGCUGCUUGUAUUCGACUAAUAUCAGAUGUAAAGCAAUUUACAGGCAAAGAAUAUAGUCAGUGAUUUUUGUUUGUUAGAAGAUAAUUCUGCAGUACAUCUAGUCAGUGUAGGAACAUUUCUAUAAUCAGCUAAUCACAGCAGAAACAUCUGAACACAUCAACCCAAAAACACUUCUGGAAAAAUAUACAGGUGAGAAUUCCCGUCUUUAAUUUUACGCACUGCUUCCUACGCAGCAGCAUAGACUUCUGAACAUAGCUGUGUUGGUCUGAGGACACAGGCAGACAAGGUUCUUUGGCUAAAUGUGAUAUCUUUUGUUAUAUCAACUAAAUAGUUGGAAAAAAUGUUCUCAAGCUUGUAAAGAGCAAUUUUUCCAACCAUUUAGUUGAUCUAAUGAAAGAAUCAGUUUAAGGCAUUUUUGUCUUGUUGCCAUGUUUUUCUGAAUGAAUGUGGUACAGUGACCCAUGUACCCUAGAAGGAACUUAGUUUUGUCUCAGUCAGGUUCUUAAUGAAGGCUAUAUGAAAAAAAAUGAGUCCAAUAUUUACAUUUACUUCUUAUCAAAGCAGCCUAAGCAGACAUUCAAGUAGUUUGGACCCAAAUUAUGACCUAUAUUGACAUGCUGAUUAUGUGACAGUAUAAAUUCAUGAUAUUUUUUUAAUGGUCAACAUUUCUGCUGAAGUUAUAUAGUAACUUUAUAAUCCACUUGGUGCUGAGGAGUAAGUUAAAAUCCAGAUCCAAAUUAGAAUUUGGAGAUGGAUGAAAUGCAGGAAAAAUGUUUAAAAUUAUUAUGUCAGUUUUUUUACUUAACUGGUCAUGUCACUUUACAUUCCACUUUCAAGUGAGACAAACUGUGUAAAGUCUAUUGUGAAGGUAAAACUCCUGUGAUCAGUGUUUCUCAACCUACCCGUGUCAAAUUCCACAAGUCCCUUGCUUGAAGAAAGUGAGAUUAUGUUGCCUGGGUCCAGUUCUCUUACUGUGACAUCCUAUUUUCUCAGCUGCAGCAAUGUCUCUCUUUAUAUUCAAGUUCUGUGAAGAUGUUCAAGCAUUUUAGGGAAGCAGUAGUAGUAACCACUGCCAAACCACUGUAGUUCCAGUGUUCAUAUGACAGUUAUUGACUACUGUUGAGUAAAAAAAGAUUCCUAUUAGUGGUAGGUUUAAAAUAAAAAGCACUUUUGGGCAGGCAUCUGUAAUUCUCUCUUCCCAAUCAUAGAACAAGCUGAUAUCUACAAGCUCAUCAGGUCUCUCCUGAUCCUUCACUAUCUGCUCAGAGUAAUUAAAAAAAAUAAAAUUAAAAAAUUGAAAAACCCCUGAAAUCACACAAACUGUUCCUAGAAGUUUAUGAAUGGUUGCAUUUUAAUAGCUAUUUCUAGGAUUGCAAUAGCACUCCCUACCUUAUUAAAAUAAUUUAUCUUUAGAAUUUUAUUAAAGGAAGCUAAUUUAAAAUACAGACUUUUAGCACAAGUUCUUUCUGAUAUUGGACUCUGUAACUGGUGGUUGUUUACACAAUUUUCUCCCCUAAGUUUUUACUUCUACAAUUAGUAUGUCCUAAGAGUCUCUCAUUAAGCCAUGUACAGUUAUUCGGAGAUAUCAAUAUACAACACUGACCAUAAUUCACAAUACAAGAACAUGGUGAAACCUCAUUCGUGAUAGUAGCAGAGGUUUCUGUACCUAUUCUACAUUUGUCUCUAAGAGACGAUUUGAAAGACAGCCAAAUGUAAAUAUUUCAUAACAUAACAGCUAUAGUGCAACUAAAGUAAAGUGGCAGUGCUCUGUCAUUCUAGAUGUACAGUAUGUAAACUAUGGUAUCUUCAGUAUGUAGUAAUGUGUCGAGAAUAAUAAAUGUGUUAAUGCAGAUUCUGUAUUGUUGUCUACCACAAGUGUAAACUACUGAAAACCUGGCCUUGCUGAUACAAGACAAAAAUAAAGUAAAACUGCCCGUCUUUA